AUGACAACGGCACCAACUGAGCAGUUCACAGCUUUCAACUGGCUUGAAGCUAUUUCUGGAGACAACGGGAACUUUGACCCAAGGUAUGCAUCCAUGCAUCCGUAUGCAUCAGCUUAUAUUAACAACAUGGAAAGGACAUACCAAGUCCACCAAGCAAAAAUCCCCCACAACUUGGGUCACUCCACAAUCUCCAACCCUCUCUUCUCUCGAGCUGCCGAGAGGGAACACUAUACUCGUCGCAUCCCGAAAGAUAUAAAUCGGGAGGACGAAAUCCAUCAAAAUUCCCGGUUGGACCACUGGGUCGAAACCACCACGUUCUUCGCCGAGACAACCGGCCUUGAAUCACCGGAGGAAGACUGUAUGGAAACCAAAUCCAACAGUUCCACCGAAACCUACUUCGAAGCGCUAGACACAGCGCUCAACCUUGAGGCUCAACCUCCUUUCCCGACAUCAGCCCCAGGCAUGUCGUACCAGUGGGCCUCCCACGACCACAUCUAUCAAGGGUCCGCCACACCCUCCUCGCCCCUCUUCAAACCAGAGGAAGGCACCCAAGAAUCCUCCGAGCAGAUAUCGGAUACCAACAGCUGCGACAACGCAUUGCUGCCGUUCUGCCAGCCGCUACGACGGGCAACCUCCUUGGCCGCUUCGAAUGCCGUCGACCACACACAGGCUUGCGAGCCACAGUGGCUAAUUCCUCUCGCUGGGCGGGUCAUCACAACCAAAGCCCGUGGUGCGAUUCGGAAAUUGCGGAGGAAGUUAUCGGGGGGUGGACAUCCACAGGACGGUCACUGA